ACGACACUGGAGUGAACGAAAGCUGCUUUGAAGGAAGAAAAAAACACAGAGAGAGAGAGAGAGAGAGAGAGAGAGAGAGAGAGAGAGGACUAAUGGGAAGGAUAUUUACGGUGGAGCUGGAGGGAAGAUCUUACAGAUGCAGGUUCUGCAAAACCCAUCUCGCUGUUCCCGAUGACCUUGUUUCCCGGUCGUUCCAUUGCCAGAGAGGAAAGGCCUACCUCUUCAAUCGUGCGGUAAACAUAAGUAUGGGUCCUCAAGAAGAUCGGAUGAUGCUUUCGGGUCUGCACACUGUGGCUGAUAUCUUUUGCUGCUGUUGCGGACAGAUCGUUGGCUGGAAAUAUGAAUCGGCCCGCGAGAAAACUCAAAAGUACAAAGAAGGCAAAUUCGUUCUCGAGAGAGGACGGAUCGUGGAUGAAAUCGACUUAUCAACGGAGGUUUACAUAGAUACCCGAGGUAGCACGAGCGACGCAGAUGACGCUUAGAUCAUUUAUCUUAGGCUUAGCUCCAAAUGAAAAUAUGCAGUUGUAGUAAAAUUCUUUGCUUUUGUGCAAUAAUCAGUCAGAAUCAAGUCGUUGUUGUUGUUGUUGUAGAAAUCCGUAGCAGGAAGUUCAUAGAUGUGUACGGAAAGAACUUACAGUGUUGUCGGAAUCUCAGAUCAUCAAUGUCUUUAGCCAUGUAGCUACUUCAUUGUCUGUCUAUUUUGGCGAGCUC